GGAAGUGUCGGGUCCUGCCGGGCCUCGUCCUGGCCUGUCAUUCGGUAGCAUUUAUUGGGCGCUUUCUGUGUGCAGAGCACUGGACUAAGCGCUUGCCCGUCCUGGCCGGUCCUGCAGGCCCCGAGGAUGUGGGGGCUUCCCCAAGGCCCGCUGCUCCCCCUGAUGCUCCUGCUCCUGCUCCUUCUCCUGCCGGUCCCGGUCCCGGCCCCAGCCCCGCUCCGGGCCUUCGUGGUCCCUCACAGCCACAUGGACGUGGGCUGGGUCUACACCGUGCAGGAAAGCAUGCAGGCUUACGCCGCCAAUGUCUACACUUCCGUGGUGGAGGAAUUGACCAAAGGAAAACGGCGCAAAUUCGUUGCAGUAGAACAAGAGUUUUUUCGGCUGUGGUGGUACGGCGUAGCUACGGAUACCCAGAAGCGGCAGGUGUUUCAGUUACUGCAAGAAGGACAGCUGGAAUUUCUCAUCGGCGGCCAAGUGAUGCACGACGAAGCGGUGACGCUGAUCGACGACCAGAUUUUGCAGUUAACAGAAGGACACGGGUUUUUGUACGAAACCUUUGGGAUUCGGCCUGAGUUCUCUUGGCACGUGGAUCCUUUCGGAGCAUCCGCGACCACCCCGACCGUGUUCGCCCUGGCCGGCUUUAACGCCCACCUCAUCUCCCGAAUCGACUACGAUCUGAAAGACGCCAUGCAGAGAGGCAAGAAGCUGCAGUUUGUGUGGCGGGCCUCUCCCUCCUUAGCAGAAAAUCAGGAGAUCUUCACGCACGUUAUGGAUCAAUAUAGCUACUGCACCCCAUCCUACGUUCCCUUUUCGAACAGGUCUGGAUUUUAUUGGAAUGGUGUUGCCGUCUUCCCAGAUCCUCCAAAGGAUGGCAUUUACCCAAACAUGAGUGUCCCCGUCACCGAUGCCACCGUUGACCUCUACGCGCAGACCAUGGUGGCGAACAUUAAGGAGCGAGCGGCUUGGUUCGCCACGGACGAAGUCCUCUGGCCGUGGGGCUGCGACAAACAGUUCUUCAACGCGUCGGUUCAGUACUCCAACAUGGACCGUCUACUUGACUACAUCAAUGAGCGGGCGGAGCGGUUUGGAGUCACGGUGCAGUACGCCACCCUGGGAGAUUACUUCCGGGCCGUUUUCCAGAGGAAGGUCGUGUGGCCCGUCCGGGACCAUCGGGAUUUUCUGCCUUAUUCAACGGAAGCCUUCCAAACGUGGAGCGGGUUCUUCGCGUCCCGCGGCCGGCUGAAGGGGCGGGCCCGGAGGGCCGGCUCCCUGCUGACGGCGGCGGAGUCCAUGCUGACCCGCUCCCUCCGGACGGCCUCUCCCGCCCCGGUGGAUCCCGCCUGGGCCCUGCGGCAGCUCCGCGGGCUCCGCUGGGCCGUGUCCGAGGUCCAGCAUCACGACGGCAUCACCGGCACCGAGUCCCCCAAGGUCCGAGACAUGUACAUGAAGAAUUUAAUGGAAGGAAUGCCUCGCUGUGAUAAGCUGAUGGCUUCCAUUAUAUCCCCCAUGGUCCAAGGGGAGGAGAAGCAAAAAGCGCAGGCUCCCGUCGACGACAGCGAUUCAGCCAGGCGAGGUUCUAAAACCGGUGACUAUUACGCAGUGGUUUAUAAUCCUCUGGCCUGGACCAUCACGACUUUUGUUACGGUUGCUCUGGACUCCGUGGAAGUCAGCGUCUUCGAUGAGCUAGGGCACCCCGUGCCUGCCCAGAUCCAGAACUCUACCGACUCUCCGGCCGCCUACGACCUCUACAUCCUGGUCACCGUCCGGGGUCUCGGCUAUCGCCGCUUCAGCAUCAGAGCGUCCAAGCCCUCCGACGCCGGAUCGGCCUCCGUCGCCAGGGUGACGCGGUUCGGCCGAAAAGCGACAGACCCUUCCCGUCCAGGUGGUGGUGACCGGCUCUUUCCCGUGGGGAACGACUGCUACGAUGUGUUAGUGGACCAAGACACCAACCUGAUUCACGGUAUCACAGAUAGAGAAGCCAAGAGGACCGUCAAGGUGACCCAGCAAUUCCUGGAAUAUCACGCCAACGGAGACGUUAAACGAGGACCGAUUUCCGACAACUACCUGUUUGCUCCCACCGGACCGGCCGUCCAAGCCAGCCGAGCGGUGGGCCUGGAGAUUGUCGCCGGAGAACUCCUGACGGAGGUCCGGCAGUAUUUUUACAGGGACGUCACAUCCAAGGACUAUCAGUACGCCGCCUAUUCGAGGAUCUUCAACGUCCCAGAGGGAUACGACGGAGAGCUGGCCUGUCACCGCAUAGAGCAGGAAUACCGGGUCGGGCCUCUGGAGCUGAACCGGGAGGCCAUCCUGAGGACCAGUACCGAUCUAAACAGCGGGCAGAUCCUCUACACGGAUAACAAUGGAUACCAGAUGCAGAAAAGGCCCUUCAGGCCUUACGCCAAUAACUCCGUGGCGCGGAACUACUAUCCGAUGGUCCAGGCGGCCUUCAUCGAGGACGACGAGGCGCGGUUGACGCUGCUGUCGGAGCGGUCUCACGGCAUCUCCAGCCGGGCCGACGGCCAAGUGGAGGUCAUGCUGCACAGGGCGUCUGCGGAUAACCUGGAGUGGGACCUGAAUUACAACCUCACCUUGAACGAUCCGUCCGUGGUAGGCCCGGUCCUCUGGCUCCUCCUGGGCUCCAGACCGUCGCCGCCCGCUCUCUUCCGCCGGAGCUCCCUGGCUCUGGAGCACAGGCCGGUGGUGAUGGUGGAGAGCUGCCGGGUGACUAACGCGCGGUGGAAACCGGGGCGAGUUGAUGAAGCAGCCCUGGUCCUCCCGCCGAACCUUCACCUUCAGAUUCUGAGCAUCCCAGGCUGGACGUACAGCUCCGAUCACACCGAGCACCUCCAGCGCCUUCGGAAAGGCCACCGCGGAGAGGCGGAGGCCGACCGGGAGCGUGUCCUCGUCCGCCUCCGACACUUGUACGAGGCGGGAGAAGAUCCCGUCCUGUCUCAGCCGGCAACUCUCAAUCUGAAGACCUUCCUGAGGGAGCUGGGGACGGUGGCGGCGGUGGAAGAACGCUCCCUCACGGGGACGUGGGACGUGAACGCCCUCGAACGCUGGAAGUGGCGAACGGCGAGUCAUCGAGGCAAAGGGUUUUCAGAUGCCGCAAAGAAGAUCGCAAAUUACACCGUCACUCUUCACCCCAAGGAAAUCAAGACUUUUUUCAUAUAUUUUCAAAAACAUUAAAAAUCUCGAAAAUGA